AUGAUUUUUGAAAAUGAUUACUCGCCUGAAUUGAAUAGAUAUGAACCAAAAUAAAUAUUAGGGAAAGGAGCUUUUGCAACAGUUAUUUCAGCUUUUGAUAAGUAAAUGAAAACUAAUGUUGCAAUUAAAAUUGUUGAGAAAAAUAUGUUUAAAUGUAAGGAAUAAGAAGGUGCUAUACGUCAGGAAGCAAUCACCCUUUAAACUUUGUUCCAUUAAAAUAUUAUUAAGAUUCAAGAUGUAUGAUAAUUAUCUAAUAACUUAACUUAAGUUUUUUGAGACAUAGCAUAAAUUUUACAUUGUUAUGAAUCAGAUUAAUGGUAUAACUUUGGAAGAUUACAUACCACAAUUAGAGCGUUAUGAAGUGAUUAUAAUUACUAAAUAAAUUUUGAAGGCUUUGAGUUAUUUACAUAAAAACAAUAUUGUUCAUAGAGACAUAAAACCUGAAAAUAUUUUAAUAAGUGUGUUAGAAGGAGAAUUGAUUGUUACAUUAAUAGAUUUUGGUUUAUCAGCCUCAGUCAAUAGAGUAGAAGAUGGUUUGAUGAAAUAAAAUUGUGGAACCUUAUUGUAUUAAGCACCUGAGGUUAUUAAAAAAUCAAAUUAUACUAGAGUACAUAUACAUAAAUAAUAUUUAGUCAGUUGACAUUUGGGCUUUAGGAAUUGUAGUUUACAAUAUGUUAUAUAAUGGAAAGCAUCCUUUCUAUUAAAAUGGUGAUACUAAAAUAACAUAUUCUUAAAAAAUUAAGACAUUUUCACUGAACUCUUUAAUGAAUGAGGAUUUAAACACUAAAAAUUUCUUAGAGAGAACUAUAGCUUAUUUACCAGAACAUCGUUUAACUGCUGAUUAAUGUCUAGAACAUCCUUGGAUUACAGGUAAGGGUGAUAUUUCAAUACCAUUCACAUUGAAUGAAAUAAUUUAAUAUCAAAUUUAAAAAGAAUAAAAAAUAGCCAAGUAUAUUAAAAUACUUGUAUUUUUGAAAUAUUUGGUAGUUGUAUCAAAUGAUGUUCUUGGAAGAACUGAUGAAAUUAAUGAGGCUGGAUCACCUAAUGAUAAUGUAUCUGUUAUAGGAUCUGAUAUAUCAGCAUGUUCAAAUAAGUUUAGAAUUCGUCCCUUAAUUAUGAAAUCUUAGACAAGAUUAAAUAAAAUAUGGAAUAAUGAUAGUACUAGUAACUCUUUUGCUGGAGAUAGUAGUAGAAAUACAACAGAUAUGAUUCCAGAAAUAAUUGCACGUGUUGGUACACCUAAUUUUUUGAAAAAACAAUUAAGAAAAAGUAAUUCAAUGAAUCCAGAAGAAAUGAAAAAACAAUUAAAAAUAAUCAAUACUUAAAAGGGUCCUUAAAAGGUAUUUAUUUCAAAGCCUAUAUUUAUAAGGAGAUUCAAAUGAAAAAUAGAAGAGUAAUUUCGAAUUCGCAUAAAAGUAGUUGUAAGUUGGUUACGGAGCCAUAGAGUUAAAGAUAAAAUGGAGAUAGUUAAAAUAAGA